AGUCCCCGGAAGACACAAUAGAAGACUUCGAAUUGCAAACAGUCACGUUCGGCAUAAAUUGUGCGCCGUAUCUAGCGAUCCGUACCCUCAUGAAGCUAGCUGAUGAUAUAGAAGAAACCCACCCAUUAGCAGCCAAAAUACUUCGCCAGGAAAUGUAUGUAGACGAUGUUCUAGCUGGAACACAUGACCUGACCACGGCAAAGUCAGCACGAGAUGAACUCAUUUCCGCUCUGAAGUCCCCAGGAUUCGCUCUGCGAAAAUGGACCUCCAAUGACCCACACAUUCUGAAAGGACUUCCACAGGAUUAUCUUUUAGAGACGGAAACACUCAACCUUUCGGAACCCGAGAACAACAAAACCCUGGGCAUUCGAUGGAACUCCAAAAAGGAUUCAUUUUUCUUCCUCGUCAACCCAAUGGAGAAAAAACCCGCACACACCAAACGUGAAGUUUUAUCAGCCAUAGCAAAAUUGUUUGACCCAGCCGGUUGGCUUAGUCCAAUAGUAAUCACGGCAAAAAUAAUUAUGCAACAAAUAUGGCUAGAUAAAACUGACUGGGAUGAAAGCCUGAAGCCCCUUACCCUUCAUCGAUGGAACAGUUUCGUAAAGGAUUAUGAAAACAUAAAUAAAAUUGAAAUACCCAGAUGGACCCAUUUUGACCCAACAGCCACCAUCGAAUUCCACGGUUUCUCUGAUGCUUCAGAAAAAGCAUAUGCCGCGACACUUUUCAUAAGGGUUUCAGUUGGACACAAAAUAUGGACAACUCUCUUAGUCUCAAAAACAAGAGUUGCUCCCAUUAAGACCGUAUCCCUACCCAGAUUGGAACUCUGUGGAGCGGUUCUACUAGCUAACCUUGUUAACUCUACCCUAUCCCAACUACACCUAACCCAAUAUAAAAAUUAUUUUUGGACUGACUCAACCAUAGUUCUCGCUUGGUUAAACAAACCACCCUGUUCAUGGACCACUUUCGUUUCUCAUCGAGUAGCCGCAAUCACCGAGAAAGUGGGAGUCGAUAAUUGGAACCAUGUGGAAAGCGAAGACAACCCCGCAGACUUAGCAAGCCGAGGAUGUACACCCACCGAUCUAUUUAAUUGCAACCUCUGGUGGCAUGGACCCCAAUGGCUACAACAUGAAAAGGAGCGUUUUCCAGCAUCGGAGAAAACAUACAACACUACCGUGGAACUCAAACCCGUUAAGACGUUUGCGAUAACCACCCAAGAGGAUAUACUCGAAAGGUUUUCCUCAUUCCCCAGAGCUAUUCGCGUUAUCGCUUACCUAUUCAGGUUUUGCGCAAAUGCCUCACCAAGGAGGCGAGAAAUUGAUUACUCAAACCAUGAAAUAACCCCGGAAGAGUUCAAAACAACCCGAAUGAAGUUAAUUAUUCACACCCAAAAAACACAUUUCCGAGAAGAAUAUGAUGCAUUGACCCGUAAAAUCCAAAUACAUAAGAAAAGUUCAUUAUUGACUUUAAAUCCAUUCAUUGACCCUAAAGGAGUUAUGCGAAGUGACGGAAGAUUAACCAAUUCCGCAGCGCUAUCAUAUAAUGAGCGCCACCUUAUCUUAUUACGCUAUAAUAGUCGUACCCCAUUGUUAACCCCUGCCGAACCCAAUUUAGAGGAUGCAAACUUAAGCAUCGUUAACAGAUGGCAGAAACUAAAAAUACUCUACCAGCACAUUUGCAAGAGAUGGAAGGAAGAGUACCUUAAGGAGCUACACAAACGAUACAAAUGGAAACAUCCACAACGUAAUAUUGAAGUUAACGACUUAGUCGUUAUAAGAAACGAAAAUAUUUCACCCAACGAAUGGAAGCUCGGUCGAAUACAAAAGGUCUUCCCCGGCUUAGACAAUAAAACACGAGUGGUUGAAAUCCGAACUGCUCAAGGCACAAUAACCCGCCCCAUCACAAAAAUUGUGAUAUUAAGUACAGAAUAA